GCAUGUCUUUGACCGACACCAUACGGCUGUGGGAUGAGGCGAUCACGGCAGCGGACCAACAAGAAUGGAUAACGGCGCUGGAUACUCUCGCUGCGAUUCGGGAGCCCAGCUCCAAAAUCUGCUUCAACAUCGGCUCCCUGCACCUCUUACUGGGCCAGUUGAACGAGGCUGAGAAGGCAUUUGAUCAGAGUAUCUGCAGGGAUGAGCAUUUGGCAGUGGCUUUCUUUCAACGAGGGAUUACUUUGUACAAACAUGAAAAAUAUGAAGAGGCUUCAAGGGACUUCACAGAAGCAUUUAAUCUACUGAGAGGCAACCAGUUAAUUGACUACAAGCAGUUGGGCCUAAGGUACAAGCUGGGUGCUUGUCAAGUGCUUCACAAUUUAGCGCUGGCACAUGCUAUGUUAAAGGAAUGGGACAAAGCUGAAAAGGUUAUGAAGAAAGCCUUAACUUUUAAAACUGAAGCCAAGCACAAUUUUGUGGAUCAUGCUCUGGAAGCUGUUUGGAAGCGAGAGCUGUUUGAUCUCCUGCAGUUCCCGGAAGGGGAGUUCUUCAGACCAAAGAAAAAAGUGGUAGCUCAGCUGGAAAAGCAGGACUUCCUGGGAGAGGCCAAGGUGGUUGCAUCAGUCAUCGACAAAGAUGAAUUCUCAGGUUUCGCUCCCUUGCAGCCUCUGGCACCGGAACCUGCUCCUCAGAAGAAAGUACCUGAAAAAUUCAAAACACUGGAGGGAAAACCUUACCGUGUGUUAUUUAACUUCAUCCCCAAUAAUGAAAAGGAGCUGGAAUUGCAGCCAGGAAAUAUCGUCUUCCUGCAGGAGCAAGGUCAGGACAACUGGGCCACAAUCAUGUUCAACGACAAGACUGGGUUAGUUCCCUACAAUUAUUUGGAGCCACUGGAACCAAUGAAGGCAGAAAGAUUGCCCUCUCCUGAGAUCCCUGCGCCGCCCAGGACAACAGCUCCUGACAGACCGCCUGGUGUGAAAGAUGAAAAUUCACCCAGCAUGACCAGCCCACAGGUGAUAGAACCUUCAAAGAAGAUUCAGCGCAAGAAUCACCCCAUGCCCAAAACAUGUAUAGUCAAAAUACACUUCAACUAUACGGUGGCGAUACGUGCAAAACCAGGGUUGUUGCUCAGUGAGCUGUUGGCUGUCAUCGGUCGGAAGUUCAAUAGGUAUGAAAAGAUCAUUGAGCUGAGUUACAAAUCACAAGCGGAGGGUGAGCUUAUUCCCAUUACCAGUGAAAACAAGAUGAAGGAAGUGUGGAGUGAAGUCAGAAAUCACCGUUUGGUCAUUUGGUGCAAGUUUCUGGAGGUGGUAGCAUUGUAUGAUUAUAAGGUCUCAUCGCCUGUUGAUCUGAGCUUUCAAGAAGGGGAUGUCAUCCAAGUCUUAGCACAAGUAAACAACAACUGGCUGGAAGGGCAAUGUAAAGGAAACACCGGAAUUUUCCCAGUAACCUUCAUCAAAGAAUUGAACGUGGCUAAACUUGCUAAUCCAUGAAUCUAGCAUGCAAGCAAUUGAUUUUAAGCCCUUGAAUUUGCACUUCCUUGCUCAGGAAAUUGGAAAUAAGUUUCCUCCUUUUGUGAGUGCUAAGCUCAAGAAAGGGCUACUUAGUAUUAGUAGUUUCUCUAAAUUAUACUGAUCUUUUAGCAGUCCCUCAGGAUUGAGAAUGAUAUACUUUUCCUCCAGUUCUGGAGGCAACAAAGUGCUUGAUCUGAACCACAGACCCUGCCAUAGGUGAGAUUAUUGGAGCUAUUUAGGAUUGUCAGGUACAAAGGAUGUGUUGCACUCUGCCAUUUUCAUUGGCCUUUUACAUGCUUCUGAACACACAACUUGUCAGCGUUAACCCAAACCCCUUCAUUUUUCAGCCAUUUCUUGUUUUGCGCAUGUGAAUGAGGCGGCCCAACAUUUGGAGAUGGCUGAGUGUAAUUAGAGCCUCAGUGCUGAUGGAAAAAGACUUCAAUUUUAGUUCACUUGCACUCCAGUAAAUAUGGACAAUUUUGCAACAGUACCUCUCAAGUCCUUUUAGGGCCCUGUUGCGGAUUGUCUCGACAUUGAUAUUAUCAGAAUCAUCACAGACAUAGACUCUUUACUCACAAUACCCAUCUACUCCUAUUUAUCAACAUUUGAUCCAUAGCCUCUACACCUUGGUAAUUCAAGAAUUCAUCUGAGUACAACUAAAAUGUAUCAGUACUCGCCACCGUGACCAACAUAGCCAAUGUGUUCUAGAUUCCAAUGAUCUUUUGGUGAAAAAGUUAUUUGGAUUUGUUUUGGCUCUUCUCCCUUAAAGUGCCUGUGCAAUUAAGUAUGGUGGUAAAAGCAAUAUAUGGUAUAGUAAGGAAGUGACAAUUUGGUUCAAUUUGGCUUCAUUUUCAGCACAGGCGUUGUGUGCCAAAGGGCCUUUUACUGUGCUGUACUGUCCCACAUUCAGUAUUCUACCCCUUACAAUAAAGCCUCAUUUGAGAUCCUACUGAAAUAAAUUUCAUACUGUUUACCCCAUCUGUGGCCUUCAUAAUUUUGUACCCCUUCAUCUGCUUGGAAAAAAACAAACCCAAUCUCAUUUCAAAUCUGAUAAAACUCCAUGCCAGCCAAUGUCCUUGUAACACACACAAAAUGCUGGAGGAACUCAGCAAGUCAGGCAGUAUCUAUGGACAUGAAUAAACAGUCAACAUUUCAGGCUGAGGUGCUUCUUCAGCACUGAGAAGGAAGGGGAAUAUGGCAGAAUAAAAAAAGGGGGAAGGGAAAGGGGGCUAAACCUCCUUCAUACAGCUACAUUGAAAAUUUUGCCAGAUAGUUAAAUGCUCAUUUCCCCCACAAAAUGUUUAGAAUUUCAGUUAGGAACCAGUAUCCAAAAAGGGCAGGUUAUAUUAUGCAGUAAAGUUGCAGAUUUAUAUUUGUUGAGAAAAGUGAGAGAAUUUAAAACAAUAUCCUGAGGCGGUUUGAUAGUGUGUAUGGAAAGAAUGCUUUCCUUCUUGGGGAGAAUCUGAAAAUAGAGCAGCAAUUAUUUCAACAGAUGAUGUUUACUCCAAGGGUUGUAAGCUGAGGAUAUGUAAACGAGGUGAUAGGAUACUAUAAAUAGGCAGGAAUGUACAACUUAUUGUACAAACACCCCACAGUGUCCUUAUUAAAUGGCCUACACCAGGCUUCAGAUAUGUACACCAACUGUCAUCUCUGUAAAAUCCUCCACUUCCUUGGAAGAGUAAGUGAUCAACAUUUUUCACGUUUCCCAGGGCAAUACCCCCAAGCACAGUGGUAAAAUUGAAUAUAUAAUCUGUAGCUUGAAUACUUAAAAUUAGGUUAUCCAACCCCAUUAUGGCAUGGCAUUUGCACCACUUAAUACUAGACCCCCAAAAACAGCCUGUUACUCAGAGCUCUAUUCAUGGGAAGAAAUUACAAGGCAGACAGAGGAAAAUAUAUCCUCAAAGCUACCUCUGUAAUAAUGGAAUAUCACCAAUGACUCCUGGAAAACCUGGUCCAUGACUGUUUAAAGUGGGAGAAGAGCAAUUGGGAUGGUAUUAGGAACUAAGUCCAAAUAUGAGGAACACAAAGCAUUGCUUAGAAUAGUAGAAGUAGCACACCAUUUCACAAACAAAUGAUUUCACCAGUCUCCUCAGGCACCUCCUACUCCAUCUGUGGGAGUAUCGAGUUCAAAUGCAAUUAAUUAUCAUUCAACCAUACAUAAAUACUCAUGAAUUCAGCCAAAUGAAACUGUGUUCCUCCGGGACCAAGGUGCAAAACACAAUACCAACAAUCAUACACCGAAUAAGGUACAUACAGCACAUAUAAGGUAGUAAGUGAACAGUCACACAAAAAAAGCCCAAUUUCCUAAGCGAAAUGGCCUGUAAAUUGAUGAUGCAUGGGUGUUGUUGGUAAGAACAAGCAGUUCUCAGUAGUCGGCAGACGGACGCACACAUGCACGCAAUCCAGCUUGUCUUCUGAGUGAACACUGGAAGGCAGCACUGCCAGGAGGGCCAGUCCUUGCUAUAAAUGAGUCCAUGCAACUCCCCCACCGUCGGUCUCACCAAUAAACCAGUGAACUGGACUUGCAGUGUUUUACAUUAGCAGUGUACAAGUGUCUUACAAUUGCAGGAAAAAUGCCCAAGACAAUCACUCUCAGUUAGUCUGCACACCGUCUUCGUGCAUUGACUCAGACACCUUUCUGUAGCAGGCAGCCACAGGGUUUGCACUGAGUUCAGCUCCUCCGCCAACAAGUAACUCGCUGAUGGGGUAGACCUGCAAUACUUGAAGUUCUUAAUGUCCUGCAUUGCCUUAUGAUUGUAAAAAAUGUUUAAAAAGACAAGAAAUUAGAGUUCUCCCCUGAGCCACCUUAUAUUCUCUGACUGGAGUGGAAGCAGCUCAUCCUUCAACCCAAAAACCUGUCAGAGCCAGAAAUCAUAAAGCAAGUUUCAGGGCCUACACCUGCUUCUAAUUCAAAUGUAUCUUAAGAAUGAUAAACUUAAUAAACUCAGUGAAUUAAUUGCCUUUGCUCUCCUUAACAAGACUUCAAUUGCUUGUCUUAUUAAAGUAUUUUUUCAUACUAAGCUGACAACUACAGAAUCACAUACUUGGGUCUUAGGGACGACUUGGAUGGUACUGUCCACUUUAUCUACCUGGAAUGGCAGAUGAGUUACUUUUCAUUACAAUUCUACCUACUCUUGUUUUAGGUAGCAGGUGUGUAACACAUUAUUAUAAGUCCUCCAAUCACAGGUGAGAUAUAAUACAGUACUUGAGAUUUUUUUUCCUCUGUUGAUUAAGAACACCGGGGUACUCUAUUGGAAAGGAAUUUAGCAAGCCCAUGUCAACAACCAUCUAGAUGAGCAAAACAACAUUAUGAAAUUUAGAAGUGACAACUCAACAAGUUUCAGAUGUGUAAUGGGAUUUAUAAAAUUCAAUUUGUUUGAUACAGGCAGUGCCAUUUCUUCAAAUGUGACUUCCCCUCCAUUAGACCUUCUCAAUUUAGUUCUCAACUUCAUCUGGCCUUCUGGCCCUUGACUAAAGCCACAACUAUGGUAAACACUUUGGUUCUGUCAGACAUCUGGAUGAAAGGUGAUGACACUUGCCUCUAAAGGAAACCAUUUUGUUUUAGAGGAAGGAACAUGUUGGCAAAAUAGGAGAAAACAGGGAGUGGGUGUGCUGCCCUGAUCUAAUAAUAGUGAUCUAACAGCAUCAGGUACCAUAGGAGUCAGCCAGACUUUGCUGUAUCUCUGCUCUUUCCUUCCCAUCUACCCAAUAAUACAGAGCCACAUCCUGUCCUCCUGCCUACUCUAUCCCAUAGAGUUCAUACCAGCAGACUCCACAUUACCAACAAAGUCCAAAAACCUGACUCCUCAGGAAGAAAUCCUAUUGCCAUCCAUUUGACUUAGAUUGUUCUCAUGCUCAGUGUUGCAUCUGACCCAGGGACUUGGGAUUGGUUCUGACCUGAGGGCUGGCCAUGAGCUUCUCCGCUGAGUGCUCCAGUUUCCUCCCAAAUCCUGAAGUUACUCUGGUAAGUUAACUGGCUGCUGCAAGUUUUCCUCUUAGUAUAACCA